AUGUCUACCUGUAAGAACGCUGAUGUCGUCUCAGUCCUCGAAAGAACCGAUCCCACUCAUCCACCAUCAUUCAACUACGCACUAGAAGUCGUAAAACGAUAUUCCAGAGCAAAGAUAGCCAAGGGUAGUGGAAGACAACUACUUUGUAAACAUGGAAAGCUUGAAACGUUGGAAAGUAAAUUUGCACAUUUAGGAUAUCAAGAUAUAUUCUACCUCACAAGACUACAAUUGAAAUUACCACCAUCAUCAACAACAUUACCUAGUCCAGCUUCAUCUUGCGUUAAACAAACCCUGAUAAAAGCUAAAUACCCAUUACCUGCCGAUAACCUUAAAGUCGAUGUUGCCUCUUCUUCUUCUAAGAUUACUCCUUUUCCUGAUCCUACUCUGAAAGGAAGGAGAUGUUCCAAGCAGCCCAUUCAACGAGAAGGUAGAAGAGGAAGUAGAAGUAUCACAAAUAGUCCAACGUUACCAAGUCCAGAAGUGAUGAGAAGAUCAUCUUCUGCAAGACCUGAUUUACCUUCCACUUCCACAUCUUCGAAUAUUCCUUCUCCUUCACCAGCAAGGAAAACACUCAAAAAUUCCAAAUCAUCUUGGACAAUAAAUCCCAGUUCAUCCAGAUCCAACUCAAGCUCCAGAUCAAGAUCAAGCACAAGUAUAAUAACGAAUAUACAUUCCGAAUCAAAUGUAUGGUCACCUUUGUUAUCUGGUUUAGGUAUUAAAACAAGUCAAAUCCAUCAAACACAUCAUUUACAUACAGCAACAACAUCGUGUUCCGUCACAAGACAAAAUUCUCCCGUAACACCGCUUCCAAAUGAUGGGGAUGAUGAAAUCAAGAUCAAGUUUAACGAGAGUCCGUUCGAUAUAUUACCAUCACCACUUUCACUUGAUAAUACAGAAUCGUUAUAUCCGCUCAGUCCGACACUCAUCGAAAUGUUAGAUCUGGGACCUCUUCAUCUCGAUGGGAAUGAUCAAAACCAAAUCACUUCUUCGAAAAAUAUGCUGCAGAAUACAUAUGAAAGCAGUAUAAGGGAAUAUGAAGGUGUUCAACACGGUCUUUUAACUGUAUCGAUUGAGAACGUUAUUUAG